UUUUCCCGACCUUUGCCCCUCACCGCUGAACACACAGGUAGUGACGUCACACACUUGUCCGACCUGAGUGCGUGCGUAUGUACAAGGCCUUGUUAUCUGUGCCAUUUUCCGGUUGAGUUUAUCGAGUUGCUAGCACGCUUUCAGUUCCUUGGGUCAUAAGUGCGAUAGACGCGGUCGUGGUCAGAUCUGUAGCUGUUGUGGUGGAGAAAAAUCGGAAACGCAAGGAAUGAAAUAUGCAAACACCAUAACCCGGAAUCUGACGAAAGGAAAUUUCCCAAUUCCCAGGAAAGACAGCCUAACAGCCUCCCACGUGACGGAGGUGUUCAACCUGGACCAAAACGGUCUCUCCAGGACAGACAUCACCCACGACAUGUUUGUGCUCAGGGCGCCCACAUCCCCUACCUGACGGAGACGCACGGCAUCGUAGUCAAAAAGUGGAUGAAGGACUCCCCCCCGCCUUACGAGUCCCCCCCCGAGUACUCCAGCCUCUCCCCCGAGCUCAUCAUGGACGCCAAGACGCUGCAGGAACUCGUGAACACUUCUCAGACGUCUUCGUCGCCAGGUAUCCCCGUCGGUGUCCACGAUUCCCACCAUUCCCAGACGUCCUCCGCGUCGUGCCAGGGACGUUCGGCCUCCCCCCUGUGCACCACGCCCCUCUUCAGCAGCGCCAACUUCUGCGAUACCCCUAGGAGCCUCACGCCCACGGGGACGCUGCAGGAGAUGGGCAAGGCGCGGGCGGGCGUCUACGAUCGGCCGCCGUCACCCAUCUUCACCUCGUGUCAGUACCAGCUGUCGUCAUCCUCCGCGAACGUCCUGCAUCUUCCGGCUUCGAACGCCUUCGUAGCAGCAUCGCCCACGACCACGGCUGCGUCAGAUACCGUGCCUUCCUCGGCGUACGCACAGCACGUACCGCCCCCGCCGACGUACGAGAGCCUGCGGAUACACUCGCACGGCGGAGGCAGAAGAAAAGACGACAAUCACUGAUACUUUCCCAGCGCCGUCGCUAGAGGAAACCGAAGGCUCUGUCAACUCCUCCGUAGGCCUAGUCCCGGUGUAGCGUGUAGAACAUGACGAGGAAGUAAUUAUGCUUUGUCAAUCAUAACGUAGUUUGGAUUAGUUCCAAGAGUAACAUUUAGGAUUAUGGUCUUAAGAGGAAGUAUCGAAAUAUGGUCCCGAUGAUGUCCCUUUGAAAGAGGAACUUUAAAUCCUAAAACUUGAUUAAGGAAAGUCAGACAAACGUAGGCGAGAUGAAGACUACUUGUAGAAUCCUAAGGGAGCCUAAUCUACCUCCCGAAUCCUUGAUCUAAAUUCUCUUCCCUUGGCUUACCGUAGUUAGUCACAGCUCAUCUAAAACCCAUGUAUUUGUAGUGCUAUCAGUAGUAGUGAAGUAGGAAAAUAAGUGCAGAUCAUUGCGGCAGGUACACUUGUAGAAUUUUUAUUUAUACUGCGUAAAUUAUUCGAGUGCUGCAUUAGAUACACUAUAUUGCAUUCAUUACAAAGCAGUGUUUACAAGCUUUGUUACAAACUACUGCUAUACAGCAUAUAAACUACCCAAAGACUUAGCACACGAGAAAUAACAUAACAUAACACGUAGUGAUGAGAAAUAGUAAACAUUUUUUAUAAAGUUCUGUCACUUCUAUUCACCUCUUCUUCUGAUUAAGAAAAAAGAGAGAGAGAAAAAAAAAAACGAAAGGCACCAUAUUUCGAUAAUUUUCCAUACAUGAACUUCCGUCCACGAGUAUGAAGCAUAAUGUUUGAAUUUCUUCCCGCGUGUACUUUGUAUGUGUGUGAUGUACCGGCGCCAUUUUGUGUACCCGUAACUUUGAUGUUUCUCUAAAGGUUAUUCAAAGACUAGAAGGAAAAAAAGAUAUAAUCGUUUGCUGAUGUAAUUUUUUUUUUUUUUACAUAUACAUAAGGAGGAGCGGGCGUUUGCAUCGCCUCGCAGUUUCCCUUUUCUUUUAUAAUGUGUAGGGAAGAAAAGACUUGGUGUUCUAAAGUGUUAUCAUGAC